CAGAUGCUCUGUAAAUCAUUACAACAAACAUUUCUCCUCUCGCUCGUGUAAUAAAAGCAGCUCAGGUCAGGGACGGCGAGACACAGCGAAUUCAAUGGAUGUCGCCGAGGACAACAACGUCAUCGCGCCGUUCGUCGUCAAGACUUAUCAGAUGGUCAAUGAUCCGACCACUGAUAAUCUCAUCACCUGGGGACGAGCCAACAAUAGCUUCAUCGUUGUUAACCCUCUUGAUUUCUCUCAACGACUCUUGCCUGUUUUCUUCAAGCACAACAACUUCUCGAGCUUCAUCCGUCAACUCAACACAUACGGUUUUAAGAAGGUGGAUCCAGAUCGGUGGGAAUUUGCGAACGAGUGGUUUCUACGAGGCCAAACGCAAAUAUUGAAGAACAUAGCGCGAAAACGACAUAAUAAAAGCGGAUUAUAUCCGCUUAACAAAUACGACGAAGAGGAAGAAGAAGAUUUAUUAACGGAGAUUUCGAGAUUAAAGCAAGAGCAAAAGAUAUUAGACCUUGAAGUCGAGGGAAUGACGAAAAGAUUAGAAGCCACCGAAAGGAGGCCGCAACAAAUGAUGGCGUUUCUAUAUAAAGUCGUCGAAGAUCCCGAAAUAAUUUCUCGAAUGAUGCUCGAUAAAGAUCGAACACGGAGAAUCGGAGAGAAAAAAAGAAGGCUAAUGACGAUAUCUUCGUCGACAAAUUCAUCGCAUUCUUCGUCGGAAAUGAUGGCGACUACUUCGUUGAAGAGUGAAGAGGAGGAGGAGAGGGCCACGGUGGGGUCCAUGUCGUCGUCGGAAGGGAGCUUCGACGGCCAUUCUCCGUCGUCCGAGACGGUGUUACCGGCGUGGUUGAUGGGUCAGAGAAGGCAGCUGAGGAUGAUGGAAACGCAGCCUUUGGUUGCGCAAGCCGCGUACAACGGAGGAGGAUAUGCCGGUGUAUCUCCGCCUGUUGACGGCGGCGGCGGCGGUGAUAUGAGUUUCUUCGCCGGAAAUUCUAGUCUACUGCCCUAUCCUUUCUCACUGCUGGGAGGUGAAUUUUAGUAUGUAAUUUUUUUUUACUGUCGCUAUUUUAAAUUACUAGAUUCUGUGAUGAAUUUUAAAUUUUAGUGCUCUGGAAAUAUUUUGGAAACACUAAUUGCUUUUGUUU